AUGGCUGCCCUCAGACCUCUGGCGAAGCCCAAGACUGUCAAAAAGAGGAUCAAGAAGCUCAUCCGGCACCAGUCGGACCGAUGUGUCAAAAUUAAGCAUAACAGGCGGAAACCCAGAGGUAUUGACAAAAAGGGGCGCAGAGGAUUCAAAGGCCAAAAUCUGAUGCCCAACAUUGGUUAUGGGAGCAACAAGAAAGCAAAGCACAUGCUGCCCGGUGGCUUCUGGAAGUUCCUGGUCCACAACGUCGAGGAGCUGGAACAAGAAGCCUCAGGACACAGCGACAAGGAGCACCGUGAAGCCAGGGGCAUGGGGAACACGCGGGGUGGUGCUCAUGAAGGGAGUCAGUAG